AUGGCAUCAAGAUUACAGCUUGGUCGCAGUACAUUAUUGCGACCUUCGACCUUUACUGCUCCGAGCCGGUUGCUGCGACCUUCCUCGACCUCAUUACGGCUCGUCUCCCGCGUCCGGCUACCCUCGUCACCGCUAAAUAAUGCGACCCAUAAGCCGAUCCUUUCUAUUCGAAACUAUGCCGCCGGCCGACCUCAUCCCCCGGGUGGUACACAUCGGAUGAACUUGGGCGGCGAACCAGAGAAGUCGGCAUUGGAGCAAUUCGGUGUUGACCUUACUGCCAAAGCGAAGGCGGGCAAACUGGAUCCAGUCAUAGGAAGGGACGCAGAGAUCCACCGGACUGUACAAAUUCUAUCGCGACGGACGAAAAACAAUCCUGUUCUCAUCGGAGCUGCCGGUACUGGAAAAACGGCCGUCCUGGAAGGGUUGGCGCAAAGAAUUGUGCAAGGUGAUGUUCCAGAGAGCAUUAAGGGCAAGCGUGUGAUCUCCUUGGACCUUGGGUCGCUCAUUGCUGGAGCCAAAUUCAGGGGUGACUUUGAAGAGCGCCUGAAGUCCGUACUCAAGGAGGUUGAGGAUGCGCAAGGCGGCGUUAUCCUCUUCAUUGACGAGCUUCAUACUUUGCUUGGCCUGGGAAAAGCAGAAGGCAGCAUCGAUGCCAGCAACCUACUGAAGCCGGCAUUGUCACGCGGCGAACUCCAAUGCUGUGGUGCCACAACGUUGAACGAGUAUCGAUUGAUUGAAAAGGACGUUGCCCUAGCUCGAAGAUUCCAGCCCAUCAUAGUCGGAGAGCCCUCGGUCGCCGCUACUAUCUCCAUUCUACGUGGUAUCAAGGAUAAGUACGAAGUUCAUCAUGGUGUACGUAUCACGGACGGCGCUCUCGUUGCGGCCGCAACCUACAGCAACCGCUACAUCACGGACCGGUUCCUGCCCGACAAGGCCAUUGACUUGGUCGAUGAAGCCGCAUCCGCACUUCGACUGCAGCAGGAAUCAAAGCCAGACGUUAUCCGGGAGUUAGAUCGUGAUAUCACUACUAUUCAAAUCGAGCUCGAAUCACUCCGAAAAGAGACCGACGUCAGUAGCCGGGAGAGACGCGAAAAACUCCAAGAAGAUCUAAAGGCCAAACAGGAAGAGGCUCGCAAGCUGACAGAGGUCUGGGAGAAGGAAAAGGCCGAAAUUGAGAAUCUCAAGCGCACGAAGGAAGAACUGGAACAGGCCCGUUUCGAGCUUGAGCAGGCUCAACGAGAGGGAAACUUCGCCAAGGCAGGAGAAUUGAGGUACUCUAAGAUCCCGGCCCUCGAGGAGAAGCUACCGAAGGAAGGUGAGGAGCAAACCAGCUCGCCGACAAACCUUAUUCACGAUUCUGUCACGGCUGAUGAUAUCGGUGCUGUGGUGUCUCGAACAACCGGCAUUCCGGUCACCAAGCUCAUGGCUGGAGAAGUUGAGAAGCUGAUUCAUAUGGAGGAUACUCUCAGACAAUCUGUCCGUGGGCAGGAUGAGGCCCUCUCUGCCGUCGCAAAUGCCGUCCGUAUGCAGAGAGCUGGACUUAGUGGAGAAAAUCGGCCGCUCGCCUCGUUCAUGUUCCUUGGUCCGACCGGUGUCGGUAAAACUGAGCUCUGCAAGAAAAUGGCCGAGUUCUUAUUUUCUACCGAGACUGCUGUUGUACGUUUUGAUAUGAGUGAAUUCCAGGAGAAGCAUACUAUCAGUCGAUUAAUUGGAUCUCCUGCUGGCUAUGUCGGCUACGACGAUGCCGGUCAACUUACUGAAGCCGUGAGACGGAAGCCAUAUGCUGUGCUACUCUUUGACGAGUUUGAGAAGGCCCAUCGCGACAUUUCCGCCCUCAUGCUACAAGUCCUCGAUGAAGGUUUCCUGACCGAUUCACAAGGCCACAAGGUCGAUUUCCGAAACACUCUCAUUGUCCUCACCUCCAACCUUGGAGCCAACAUUCUAGUUGGCGCUGAUCCGAUCCACCCUCUCAAGCCCUCCGAGGAGGGCGAUCUUUCACCCGACACUAAGAAGGCCGUUCUGGAUGUCGUCCAGCACGCCUACCCGCCCGAGUUCCUCAACCGAAUCGACGAAUUUAUCAUCUUCAAAAAGCUUUCACGGGAUGCUCUGAGAGACAUAGUCGAUAUUAGAAUCAAAGAGUUGCAGUCAAGGCUCGAUGAUCGGCGCAUGGUCUUGCAAGUCGACGACGAAAUCAAAGACUGGCUUUGUGAGCGAGGCUAUGAUCCUAGGUUCGGUGCUCGGCCGCUCAACCGUUUGAUCUCAAAAGAAAUCGGCAACCGGCUUGCCGAUAAGAUCAUUCGUGGUCAAGUCACGUCCGGGCAGACUGCCCGUGUUACAUUCAAUGCCAAUAGGGAUGGACUUGAAGUUAUCCCACUCGCAGAAAGUGAACAAGCCUGA